CGCCGCCUAGUUGCGAUCAUUGUCUAUGGGCUUAAAUUGACCGUAUAGGUGCUUUAGACCAGUUCUCCGAAGAGCGGUACCGUAUCUUCCUGGAAAUAACUGCACCUACUAUUUCGAUUGGCCUUCACGAGCGGCAAUUCGACGACGUCUUUCUGCCGGGACCUUUUCUUGCGCUACCCUACUGACCUAGUCUCUUUCCUUGGCGUAUUAAACAGACACCACUGGUUCUCAUUGCUGUUGACCCUCUUUCGCGGAAUGCUGGUGUGUACAGCUUAGUAAACCUAGUUGUUGUCACCCGCGCCACAGUCAUUACGAAAACUCACAAUGAUGGGCGGAACCACAUUCGGCAGAGAGCCGGACACGUCGGGCGAGCUCGCCCUUGAUCACAUCGAUCAGCCUAUGGGCAGCCCAGUAUCAUUCGAUUCGCCGAUGUCUUCAGAGGGCAGCACUCCUCUCAAUACUCCAGAUGAAAUAUCAGCAGAUCCCCCUAAGAGAAUGCCGUCUCUUCGAUCCAUAUCCGACCCUCAGAACCCUACACACCCAAUGUCCGCUAGUUCAACGCCUUUAGGCGUUCUCUCGAACGCAAGACGUCCUGGCGCCGCGCCUCACGCAUCAAGCGGGCGCCUACCCGAAGAUCUUAGUGCUAAAAUGAGAGCCUUCCAUUUAUCGCGCCAGGGUAGCUCUUCCUCAAGCCAGCACGCCUCAUCCCCUAGUUCAGCGUCGCCCUCCCCUUUGUCCCCAAGCGGCUCCAUGGUGGGUGGUAUACCAAGCAAUAUCCGGCUGCCAGGCGGACUUCAACGACCUGGCGCCCCGUCGUUCCACCGUUCGGCGCCCGCUAUCAACCCAGUAGGUGGUGGUCUAGCUGGCAAGAGGCGAUUUGGACUCAAACUCGGAGAUAUGAACGGCGGUCCCUCUCCAGCGCCUACUGGUUCUUCGGGAUUAAGUCAACAGUCCAUGACACAGAAUGGCAACAGUCAUGUCUCUCAGUUGAAGCAAUUCGAAGAAUACAUUGACACGGAAAAGGGCUACCUCACCUUCAAGGGCAAGGCCAUUAUCACGAAUGAGGGUGUUGAUUUCUCCGAUGGCUCGGUCUUUCGGAUAUCGCUUGAUGAAGUUGAGAAAUUGGAUGAAUUAGGGAAGGGAAAUUACGGUACUGUUUACAAAGUUCGGCAUACGAAACCCCGUAUUCCGCGAUUUGGCCCUGGGUUGGCUGGCUCAAAAACACCUUCAUUUCCAAGACUCUCCAGUACAGCUAGCGACAAGGUUGACUCAAAAUCUGGCAGCAAUUCUGGCAAGGUCAUGGCCAUGAAAGAAAUGCGAUUAGAGUUAGACGAGACCAAGCUCACGACCAUCAUCAAAGAGCUGGUGAUUCUUCAUGAAUGCGCAUCGCCAUAUGUGAUCGAUUUCUACGGAGCAUUCUUCCAGGAAAGUGCUGUCUACAUGUGUAUAGAGUACAUGGACGGUGGUUCGAUCGACAAGCUCUACUCAGGGGGUAUACCCGAGAACAUUCUCCGCAAGAUUACAUAUAGCACAAUCAUGGGGCUGAAGGAAUUGAAAGAAAAACAUAAUAUUAUACACCGAGAUGUGAAACCCACAAACAUUCUCAUCAAUACGCGGGGCCAAGUGAAGAUCUGUGACUUUGGUGUGAGCGGUAACCUUGUUGCCAGUAUCGCCAAAACGAACAUUGGAUGUCAAAGCUAUAUGGCCCCUGAGCGCAUUUCUGGUGGAGCUUUUAUGCAGUCCGGCGCCUCGGACGGCACAUACAGUGUGCAGAGUGAUAUAUGGAGUUUAGGGUUGACGAUUAUUGAAUGUGGUAUGGGUGAAUACCCAUACCCGCCUGAUGUGUCAUCCACGAUCUUUAGUCAACUCACUGCUAUCGUCGAAGGUGAUCCACCUGAUUUGCCAGACAGAUACUCCCAGACCGCUCGGACGUUUGUCCACCAGUGUCUCAACAAAUCGCCCAGUUUGCGGCCAAACUAUCAAAAGCUGUUGACAUCCGAGUGGCUUAGUGGGCUAUCUAAGCCGGAGACAAUCACUGAAGAAGAGGAAGAAGCCCAGGAGAACGAUGCCAGUGCCGAAGCAGUUGCAGGUGCCGCUGAAAAUGUCGAUUUAAGUCGUUCCAGUACGGAGGAUGCCGAAACCGCAGCAUGGGUCAAGGAGAUACUGGAGAAGAAGGCGAAUGGGCAAUAUGGCGAAAUAGAUGGGAAGCCAGCGCUCCACGCCGCACAAUUAGAUAAAGUGGUUACAUCCUUGACCAGCAGCCCCAACAUUGCGAGCUAGGUUUCUCGAAAGGCGGCACAUUUGCACUAUCACGUUCCAUUCUACAGCGGCAUGAGGGGCAUUGUGUGCGUGCAUGCAGUAGCUACGCACGCAUUGUCGGAGCGGGUUCUCCACCAAUUCUUUUGACGAAGCUCCAUUUCCAUUGCAUUUGCGUGGCGUACGCGAAACUCCCUUUUUGUUAUGUGUACAUACAAACAUGGACAAAUUUGCAGUGCCCUUCCAAGAGGACAUGAACAUUGAUCCCAAUUGCUUUUUUUUUUUUUCUUCCUCGUUCGUCUUUCCUUGUUUUCU